AUGCCGAUUAUACAUAAAAAAACACCGACAAUAAAUGAACCAUCAACAAAAGGAGGACGUACAUCGAAAAUUUCUUCGCCAAAAACUGGUGGUGGUAUACGACAACAACGUUUGUCUCAAUCAUUACGUGUUCAUAAUGUCAGUCAACAAACGAGUCCGUUGGCGAAUACUAAUCCACCAAUAAAAUCUCCAAAUUCAUCACCAUUAAUGUCUCAUCUUCGUCCACCUGAUCCACGUAUGUAUGUUCAUGCUGGUGUUUCAGGUAUUCGUCAUUUAUUUCCAAUUCAUUUUACAACUACCGAUGAAACUGGUCAAUCAACAUUUACUCGUCCAAUAUCAUCCAUGCGUUCUCGUACACCUACCACCGAUUUAUGUACAAAUAUUGAAAUGAUACGAAAUGUUUGUAAAGUUCAUACAUUAAAACAUUUAGAUUUAACUGGAAAUGAAUUAGAUGAAUUACCGAUUGAUGUUAGUCAAUUAAUCGAAUUAGAAACAUUUAAUUGUUCACACAAUAAACUUCAUGAUCUACCGGAUAUUCUUGAACAAUUACAACAAUUAAAAGAAAUUGAUCUUUCAUAUAAUCAAUUAAAAAUAAUUCCAUCGGUUGUUUAUAAAUUUAAAAAACUUUCUCGUCUUCAUUGUGAACAUAAUCAAUUAGAAUUAAUUAAUGAACAAAUUCAUACAUUAAAACGUCUUAAAAUACUCGUAUUAGAUUCAAAUAUGAUAUUAAAUUUAGAUAAAAUUGAUAUAAGUCAAUUAAAAAAAUUAGAAUAUUUUAGUAUGGCAAAUAAUCAAAUACAAAAAUUUCCUCAAGGUUUACAAACCCUUCAUCAUAUACGAAAUAUUAAUUUAUCAUACAAUCUUUUAACAAAUAUUCCCGUUGAUUUAUUGUUAAUUAAUACAUUAGAUGUAUUGAAUUUAAGUCAUAAUCAAAUUAAAAAAUUACCACCAAUGUCUAUUGCUCCUAAUCGUCUUACACAAAUAUUUUCAUUAGAUUUAUCUUAUAAUCAAUUAGUUAAAUUUUAUGAUUAUCUUUUAAUGAUUACAUUAAAAUUAGAUUUAUCAAAUAAUAAAAUCCGACUAAUUCCUAAUCAUCUUAUAAAAAAAUUAACCUAUGAUAUUCUUGAUACAAAAGAAUUAAAAAUUGACAAUAAUCCAUUGAUUACACCACCAUUAGAUAUUAUUAGUAAUUUGAGAAAUGAUACAAAUUGUUUAAAAAUAAUUCGAAAAUAUUAUGAUGAACAACCGUUGGAUGUUAAUGUUCGACAAGGUUUUAAAAUAUGUAUUAGUGGACCAAAAUCGAGUGGAAAAACGGCAUUGGCUAAUACAUUAGAAGAAUAUAUGCCACAUUUAGAUCAAAGUGAACAACAAGAAAGAAUAAUACAUAGAAGUUUUGUCACCGUUCAUGAAUUUUUAUAUCGUAUGAAUGGAACUCAUGAUCAACAACAGCAUGAACAAACUGAACAAGGACGUGUAGUCAGUAGUGCAAAAUCAUCAGUGUCUAAAACUAAUAAUCUACCACCAUCAUCUACGCCUACCAAACUACCAUCGAUUGUUGUUGAACAACAAUUAACAAAAUUGCCCAUGCAACGAUUUGAAAUGGACACAAGAAAAAUGACGACCAUAUCAGAAGUUAUUAGACCACAAACACCUCCAAUUGGACAAUACGUGAAAAAUAAACCACUUGCACCACCAACAACGACCGAAAUAACCGAUACCAAUACGGCUCCUACUAUUGAACCAAUGAAAAUGUUACCGUUAACAAUAUUUGAUAUGCAUGGUUUAUCCGAAUAUUUUCAUCUAUAUUCUUCCUUUCUUGAUAAUAGUGCACUCCAUCUAUUAUGUAUACAUACUCAACAAUUUCAGAAAGAUGUACCAUCAGUUGAGAAUAUAUUUAAUGGAACAGUAACAAUACCCGAUUCAAUCCAUAACCUCUUUCAAUUAUUAAAAUUGUUAUGUGAAAAAGCAACAAAAACUCGUGGAAUAUUUAUCAUUCCUGUUGCAACACACAUUGAUUAUUAUGACAGACGAAGCAAAAAUGAAAGAGCUCAAGUUUUAGAAAAAAUGAAUACAUUUUUUAAAACAUAUUUACAAAAACGUCUCGAUUUGAUUCGUGAACAAAUGCAAAAUAUUGAUUCAUUAAAAACCAUUUCAUCCUCAUUGUCAGAUCGUUUAAAAACAUUUGCUUCACUACUGAAUAUUAAUAUCAACAUUCAUUCACCAUGUGUACCAAUUAGUACAUUAACAUUGUCCGGUGUUGAUGAAUUAAUGAAAUUAAUUCAACGUUCAGUAGUAAAUAAUAAAGUAUUUUUUCCCAACGUUGAUAGAAUAUUACCUACAUUAUGGGCAGAAACAAAUCAGUUUAUCAGUAAUUUAAGUGAUAAAUUAAUCGUACCAUAUAUGUUAUGGGAUAAUUUUAGUGAUGUUGUUAUAUCAAAACGUGGUCUUCCACAUUUAAUUAAUGACAUAACAAUGUCAAUGCAUGAUGAAGGAAAAAUUAUGGUUUUUAACGAAAUGGGAACAUCAGAUCGCGUAGUAUUUUUGAAACCAGUAUGGUUAGCCGAUUUGUUAUAUUCAUUAUUUCGUUAUGAUUUAAAAAUUGUUUUGGAUUAUGAAAAAAAUGAUAUAUUUAGUCUAAGUGGAUUAACCGAACCAAAAUUCAUGUCAUUCAAACGUGAUCUUCUUGAAUUUGGUCUAUUGCAUAGUGAUUUAUUACGUACAUUCUGGUAUAGUUUACUACAUAAAAAAGAUUCAUUUUUCACUCUAUGGUUAACUCUACAACGGUUUCUACUCAUUGGUUAUCCAAAAAUGCCAAAAUCACAAUUAAAACGUUUAGUUCGUGUUGAAACACCAGAAUCACAAUUAACACGAAAUCCUGGAUUUAUAAGAGAAAAAAAUUUAAGUCGUCAAAUCGAAGCAAAAUAUCGUGGUGAAAAAGCAUCAUCGAUAACUAGUGCAUCAGAUACCGAUGAUCUUAAAUUUGAUUAUGCUGUUAUACCACAUUAUUUACCAAUAAUAAAUAAUAAUGAAAAACAAGAAGAAAUGAGAAAAUUCAUGAAAUUGUCAAAUGUCAUUGCUAUUAAAUACUAUUUUCCGUCAGAUAUGCCUCUCGGUUCGUUUCAUAAACUUUGUGUAUCAGCGUUAUUUAGAUUGAAUAUUGUGUACAAAAAACAUUGGAAAAAUUUUCUUAUUGGUGAACAUGAAGAAAAAGAGGUGAAGUUUAUUAUGGAAAGCGAUAAUCUCACCUAUGUAAUAUGUCAAUGUGCUACUAAUCUUCGUGAACAAGCUCUAGAAGAAUUAUGGAAUGUUCAGAUGCCAAUUUUGAAUCAUUUUGAAGAAAUGAUUAUUAAUUUGGCACCAACUAGUCGAUUUGAUCGUUUUGUUCGGUGUCCUAAAUGUAACGAUUUUACUUUCAUGUGCAAUGAAAAUGUGGAUACUGGUCUGCUAGUUCAACCAAAUGAAAGUAAACGAAAAAAGUUAUUAAAGCGUAUUCGUGAACGGCAUCAGUCCAGUUUAAAAGAUAAGAAAUCAGAUUUAAAUAGUGCAACAGUAACAACACCGGCACAUAUUUCUAAUGCACCGCCAACUAUUCUAUUAUUUGUGACAUUAAUCGACCUAUUGCAAAUAAAUAGUGUUCGUUCGUUGGCAAUAUGUACUCUAUCGCUCUCGUCGUGGACACACACUUCAAAGUGCUUACUAUUUUCAUUGAUAAUAAUUCUCGGUGAUUCAAAUCUAUUGUUAUCUGGUCAACAACUUAACAAAUCUUCAUCUAUUACUGUUUCGUCUCGUACUCGUUCUUCUUCUAAGACUAGUCUAACUAAUACUACUAUUACUACAAAACUACCAACAACGACCACAAAAAAGAAACAAUUAACACCUCCACCAAUAAUUAUUGAAGAGCAAACAUGCUACAAUAAAUCAUCGGGUACGGCUAUUCGAUGUUUACCAGAAUUUGUUAAUGCAGCAUUCCGUCGAAAAAUUGAGAGCACAAAUACAUGCGGUGAAAGAUGGAAAAUUGAUUCAUCAAAUGAGGGUACAGAAUAUUGUAUUCAAACGGGACCACCACAAGGACAAUUGGACAAUAGUCAGCGAUAUUAUUCAUCAACAGAAAAAAAUUGUCAACUGUGUGAUAGUCGAGAUGCAAAACGUGCACAUCCACCUGACCAUAUGACUGAUUUUAAUCAACGAGGAAAUAUAACAUGGUGGCAAAGUGAUACAAUGUUAGAAGGGAUUAAUUAUCCAAAUACAGUUAAUUUAACAUUGAAUUUGGGAAAAACCUAUGAUGUAACAUACAUUAAAUUAACAUUUCAAUCUCCAAAACCAGAGAGUUUUAUUAUUUAUAAACGUACAUAUGAAAAUGGACCAUGGAUACCGUAUCAGUAUUACAGUGCUUCGUGUAUGCUCACAUUUGGUUUACCAAGAAAAAAAUAUCCGGAUACCGAUACAGAAGCUAUUUGUUCAGAAGAUUUCAGCGAUGUAACACCAUUGCACGGCUCCGAGGUAGCAUUUGGAACAUUAGAUUGGAGACCGGGAGCAACUACAUUUGAAACGAGAAUUGAUUUACAGCAAUGGGUCACGGCAUAUGAAAUACGCAUUCAGUUGGUGAGAAUGAACACGUUUGGAGAUGAAAUGUUCGGUCAACCGUAUGUGCUGAAAACAUAUUUUUAUGCAAUAUCCGAUUUAGCUGUUGGAGGACGUUGUCAUUGUAACGGACAUGCUAAUAAAUGUAGUCGAAAUGCUGAUCAAAAUACUGAAGUUCAUUGUGAUUGUGAACAUAAUACAAUUGGUCGUGAUUGUGAAAAAUGUCAUCCAUCUUAUAAUGAUGCCCCAUGGCAGCCAGCCGAUGUGCAUGAUGCUCAUCCAUGCAAACCUUGUAUUUGCAAUGGUUUUGCUCAAACAUGUAAUUUUAAUCGUGAUCUAUAUGAGAGAACCGGUCAUGGAAGUAUUUGCAUUGAUUGUGCUGGUAAUAGAGGAGGACCAAAGUGUGAAACUUGCAAACAAGGAUAUUUUCGAUUACCGGACACAGAAGGAGACUGUUUAUCUUGUUCGUGUGAUAUUAUUGGAUCAGAAACAAUUCAAUGCGCAACGGAUGGUCGAUGUCAAUGUAAACCGGGAGUUGUAGGUGAUAAAUGUAAUCAGUGUGCACCUCGAUGCACAUGUUAUGAGCCGGGUGCAGCUCAACCACUUCAGUGUAAUCCAAGUUCUGGCCAGUGUAGUUGUAAAUUGUUUGCUGAAGGUCAAAAUUGUGAUAGAUGUCGUCCUGGUUAUUAUAAUUUGGAUCAGAUGAAUCCUGAAGGAUGUACAAAAUGCUUUUGUUAUGGACAUGCUUCCACCUGUCAAAGUGCACCAAAUUAUUUUUUUCAACCGAUUCGAUCAUCGUUUACGGAAGGAAGCGAUGGAUGGCAGGCACAUGAUAAAUCUGGUAUUGCAGUUCCAGUGCAAAGCGAUGGGAGUAGUUAUAUUUAUGUCCAAGCAUUACCUGGUCAAGAUAUUACAUUCGAAGCUCCAUCCAAAUACCUUGGUGAUCGUACAUUGUCUUAUAAUCAACUGUUGACAUUUAUACUGAUUCUUCGUGCUCAACCAACGUUAAAUCGAAUGUAUACUCACUAUGAUGUCUCAAUCGAGAGCGGCGAUCGUACAAAAGUAGGAGUUGUCAUAUAUGGUGGAAUACCUCAAACCAUACCAUCAGAAGAACCAUUGACAUUUCGUUAUCGACUAAAUGAACAAUCUUGGACACCAUCAUUAACAUUUAUUGAUUUUAUGCGUCUAUUAUCAAACAUUACAUCGAUUAAGAUCCAUGCAACAUUUGGAGUUGAUCAUGCUGUCAGUUUUCUUGGUGAAGUUACAUUGGGACAUUCACAACUAUCAUCUGGAAUGUUUCCUGUUUCAAACGUUGAAUCGUGUACAUGUCCAACAGGUUACUAUGGUGAACGAUGUGAAUAUUGUGUAGCUGGUUAUCGUCGUAGCCCACCAUUUGGCGGUCCGUUUGCACAAUGUAUACCAUGUCAAUGUUAUAAUCAUUCCACAAUAUGUGAUAUCGAAACAGGAAAAUGUCAAUGUCAACAUCAUACAACCGGUGAUAACUGUGAACGAUGUUUGCCCGGUUUUUAUGGUAAUCCUUAUCAGGGAACACCAGAAGAUUGUCAGCGAUGUCCAUGUCCAAACGGUGUAUCGUGUACACAACUAAAUCAGCAGCAAGUAGUUUGUUUAAAUUGUCCAGCAGGAUAUACAGGUGAUCGAUGUGAAUUUUGUGAUGAUGGCUAUUUUGGAGAUCCCGAAGGAUUGAAGACGGGUGUUCGAAGACCGUGUGAAUUGUGUAGUUGUAACGGAAAUGUCGAUCCAAAUACAAUUGGAAACUGCAAUACUACAACUGGACAUUGUUUGAGAUGUAAUCAAAAUACAUUUGGUGUUUAUUGUGAAAAAUGUUUGCCAGGUUAUUGGGGUGAUGCAUUAACUGAUGUUAAAUGUCAUGCUUGUAAUUGUCAUCCUCGUGGAACAAGAAGAACAACCGGAGUCCAAUAUUUAACACAAUGUAAUCUUCAAAAUGGUCAAUGUCAAUGUAAAUCAAAUGUUAUUGGUCGUCAGUGUGAUAAAUGUGAAGAUGGUUAUUGGAAUUUAAAUUCAGAUUCGGGUUGUGAAACAUGUAAAUGUGAUCCAAUUGGCGCCUAUAAUAUAUCAUGUUCCGUGAAUAGUGGACAAUGUUAUUGUAAGCCUGGUGUAACAGGACAAAAUUGUGAUCGUUGUUUACCAUAUCAUUAUGGUUUUUCACCAGAUGGUUGUAAACGUAAGCCCAUUUUUCUGAAUACAUUAAAUGUUCAAUGUGACGGUCUAUCCGGUCAAUGUCCAUGCAAAGAAAACUUCAUGGGUUUACGAUGUGAUCAAUGUGAAGAAAAUAAAUAUCGUGAUGGUUACGAAUGUCCAACAUGUCCAGCUUGUUAUCGUGAAGUACAAAAACGUGUUAAUCAUUAUCGAUGGGAUUUAAAUACAUUACAAGAUGCUGUAUCAACAUUGAAUUCAUCACAAACACUCCAGUCAUUAAAAGAAGAUAAACAAUUAACAUCCGAAUUAGAUUUAUUAGCAAGAAAUUUGAAUAAUUUAAAAAUAGAUUUAGAACAAAAAGGUUUAAUAUCACGAAAUACCAGUGACUAUAAUCAACAAGAUGUAGAAUUACGAAAUAGUACAACAGAUUUAGAAAAUCGUUAUCGAAAAUUGGAACAAAAAUUACCAGAUUUAAUUGAAAAAAAUAAUAUCAUUCGUGAUACAAUUCUAAAAGCAAAUGAAACAUUUUUAAAAUCGACUACCUAUCAAUUGACUCGUAUCAAUUCAUUGCUACUUGGAAUUGAUCGCGUUGGACGUACAACGGAUAGUAAACAUGAAACGGCAAUCAAUAAAACUUUAGUUAUGCAAAUAAAAAUUGAUGAAUUAACACAACGAUUAAAAAAUUUAAAGAAAAAACAUGAUGAUGCAAAUAAUCGUAGUCGUACAGCGGAAACUGUUUUAGGUACAAAAUUAAGAAUAAUAGAUGAAGAAGCACAUAAUAAAUUAGAAAAUGAUAUUAAACAAAAACUUGCAACAAUUGAAAAUCGUCGUCAAAAAUUAACAGAAUUUGCCAAUAAUAUUUCACGUCGUGUUCUCGAUGUUCGAACAAAAGCAAAUGAAUGGAAAUCAAAUUUAUCAAGUUUAGUUAUAGCCGAUUUAAGUUCAAAUUUAUCAUUGGAAACUGCUAAUCAACUUCGAAAUGGUGCAUCUCAAAUGACACAUGAUUUAAAAGAUUUAGAAAUUAAUAUUUCUAAUUUUUCGACUAAAGCAUUUAAAUUACAAGAGACAACGAGAAAUUUUGAACGUGAAGUAAAUCAAUUUAAAGUUAUAGUCAAUGAAGUUAGUCGUGAUACACAAAGUUUAUUUCUUGAAGUUGAUCAAUCUGAACAUGAAGCAAAGAGAGCGGUAGAUAAUGCAGAAGAUAUUGAAAAAGAAGUGAGAAAAAUUAGAGAUGAUCUUCAAGCAUUUGUUCAUGAUAAAGAUUCUCAAAGUAAAGAUGCUGAAACACAAUAUAAUCGAUUACAAUCGAUACAAGAUCAAAUUCAAAAUAUAACAGGAAAAUAUUGGGAAUUAAAUGAUGAACAUCGAACAUUAAAUAUUACUGUGACUAAUGCAUUACGAGAACUUGAAAAUGCUAAAGCAUUAUAUACAGCAUCGAAUAUUGUUGGACAAUCAAAUGCAAUUAAACAAGCUGAAAUAAAAUUGAUACCUGUUAGUAAAGAAAUGGAAACAUUAACCAAUCGUUCAUCAACAGCAUUAGAUAGUUUUACAAAUAUUAAAGAUCAAGCUGAUAUUCAUGUUAAAAGAAUUGAAAAAGCAUCAGCCAUUGGAAAAAAUUUAACAAAUGAUAUUAAUUCAGCAAGAGAUCAAGUUGGAAAAUUAAUGGAACAAUUAAAAUCAUUGCAAUCAUCAUUGAAUCAUUCGACUCAAAUUAAUAUUAGUAGUUUAGAUAGUGCUGAAAUUGAAUUUGAACAAUUAAAUUUAGAUAAAAUAUUUAAUGGUAUUGAUCAAUUUCAUAUGGGAGCCAUUUUUGUUAAAAAUCAAACAGAUAAAUUAAUUAUCGAAUAUGAUACUCUAAAUCGAUAUGUUAAUAAUAUUGAUCAAAUAGCACGUAGUUUACCGACGGGAUGUUUCAAAAACAUUCACAUUGAGCAUAGUCCAUCGUCUAGAAGAAGUUAG